GAAGUCAGAAGACAGAAAUACCUAUUACCUACCUAGUACCUAUUUGUAUAUUAAUUAUUUUGAAAUUUGAUUAAAUGUUAAUCGAUAAAUCGACAUUUCUGAUUUACACAAAAGAUAUUCUGAAUAUUACAUUACUAUUAUCUCACCAUUAUAGCUUCUGUAAGACAAUACUCCUUUGAGGAUAUAAAGUAACUCAUUAAACGAGUGUGAAAAGGCUUUUAGAUUUAUACCUUUUGAGAAAUAUAUUAGCUCGAAAUGAAUACAAAUGAAUAUGAAACAUUUGAAUAUCUUCAACCAAAUAAUGUAGAACCCAUUCCUAAGAGGUUAUUUGUAGUUCAAGAUCAUGGAACAUAUCUUUCUUUUGAUAAAAAUGUUGAUCUUAGCCAAGUUCAAAAUGUGGAGCUAUUGGAAGAAGUACAGCCAGUUUAUGAUGUCUCUCCAGAGCAGUUUUAUAUUGAUGUUGAAGGGUCACAAGAAAUUGUUGCAGUAUCAGAACAAUUUGUACUUAGUAAUGAACUUCAUAAUGAAGACAAUAUUUAUGAAAAUAAUCUUAUGCUCCAUGAAUCCGGUUCUUCGAAUAUACAAAUACAACAAACAGUUGAUCAAAUACCAGAGAAUGUUGUUGAACAGUUUAUAAAGAAAGAGCCUUCUAAUGCAGAAAUUAAUAUGGAAAUGGAUACCACACCCAGUAAUUUCACUGAGGUAAUGCUAUCUGAUGAACAGUAUAAGUUUUUAGAACAAAGAGGUUGGACUUUAAUUGAAAAUAAUGACAAUAUCUUCUUCAUUGAUGGAUUAGGUCUUCAUAACAUCACUAAUAAUGAUCAAUUAAUUCAAGAUUUAAAACAGAAGAUGAAAGAUGGUGAAUUAACAGAAAAAGACUCAAGUAAUGCCACAGAAACUAUAAUAUUUGAAGAAAAUUUUGAAAAUAACGAAAUAGAACCAAGUAUUUCCUAUAUAGAAGAAAAGAAGGAACCGGAUAUUCCGAAGUUAAAUCCUAUAAAAAUCUUGCCUAAGCCCGAGAAGAAAGCGAAAGAGGUCGAUUUGAUGCCCUCGGAAAGAGAAUUCCUCGAAACAACCGUUAACGAGUUGUUAGAAAAGUACGAUAACAGUGAUCCCAGAAUAAAUAGCAAUACAAUCAUAAUUAAAACGAAAUUUUCAUUAAAAGAUAUUCCUUCAGAAAUAGUUUUGGGAAAGACUGUUAAUGGUAAAAGACUCAUAGCAAGAGUGACGAAAAGGGAACGACGCGAGGCUUCUAAAGUAACAGAUAAUGUUGAAAGGAAGAACCAUAAAACGCCUCAAACAAAUGCGUUCGAUCAAAGAAUCGAGAAGUUACUACAGCAAGCUAUAUGUGGUGAAAUGCCUCCCGUAACUGACAAGGAUGUGAUCGAUAACGCGGACCGCCUCAUAAUACAAUUAUUACGAGUACCCGCAUUUAAACCAGCUGUCAUUGAAAAACGGCUUAUAAUUACUAAGAUUUCGAUAACAGAAGAUGAGGAACAAAAUCCAAAAGCGGAAAGUGGUCCAUUGUUGAUAACUGGACGAGUCGUUAACAAAGGAAACGAUGAGUGGAGUUUCCAAUACAUACCGGACAUGCUUCAGAGGUUAAAAGAAAAUGGCGCAUGUGAGGAAGGAUUUAAGGAUCUUGUAAAAAACAAAGGAAAUAGCGAUGUUGACGUCAAUCUCCUGCAAAUACACAUACAGGAAGUAAUUGGUGCCGACGGAUGUGCGAGGUGUUCCAUUACAUUGCAUCGGAGAGUAGUAAAAUGCAAGAAAGUGACGGAUUCUCGUAGAAGUAAAGCGCGCGUAUACGCGUGCGAUACCUGCGCAGUGAUUUUCAACACUCAAAACAAGCUGUUACAACAUCAGGAGUUACACAAUGUGGCCGAUAACCUAAAGACUAACACGGUAAGAACAGAUGCGAUGUAUACUACAACAACUUUGGGAUCAAACAGAAAUUUUGAAUGUAAUCAAUGUGAGUUCGAAACAUCAAAACAAAGUAUAAUUCAUAGACAUAUAAAAUCUCAUUUUAAUAUUCUCAUAAAGGCAAGCGAAAAGCCAAAUGAUGUAUUGGAAGAGAAAUUUAAUUGUAAAUUGUGUUCAGGCAGUUUUACAGAUGCAACAUCCCUUUCAAAACAUAUUGUGUCUUCGCAUAUUAAAGUGAUUGAAACAUAAUUUUAGUUUUAUUAA